AAAUGAUUUCGAGAAGGAAUUUGCUCCGUAGAUAUCCUGUAAAUAAAUUAUUUUUGCUCGACUCCAUAAAAUGCUCCAACAUCAAACCGCGUGCCAUUGACGAAGCAGGCACUUAUCUUUCCACCAGUUGGCACUUGCAAUUGCAAUGAAUUGCCGAAGCUGUAACGCGCCAAAAAUUAGAGUAUGAGCUCGGCCUAUACCAUAGGUCACUAUGUUCGUACUACUCUCCCUCGUAUUGGACUCGAAUUCAUUCUUCCAUCUAUUCCAAAUAUCUCCGUCUUCCAUUCUCUUUUUAAAUCAUGUAGUGAAACCAAAGAUUCGAGAUGGGCAUUUAUUACUUUUCGUCGAUUGUUAGAGUCUAACGUGAAGCCAAGUGAUCUUACCUUCUCUUUGCUCAUCAAAGCUUAUGUUGCCGAUGCUUCUUCUUCAACUGUUAUUGAUUCACCAAAUACAAAAAUAGAAGCAAAUCAGAUUCAAACCCACCUCAGAAAAUCUGGGUUUAAUCAAUAUGUGUACUUGACCACUGCUUUUCUCGACUUCUAUGGGAAAUUGGGAUGCAUCUAUUAUGCCCAACAUUUAUUUGAAGAAAUGCCCAGAAGAGAUGUUGUAUCUUGGAAUGCGUUGAUUUGUGGGUAUUCUCGCAAUGGAUAUGAUUAUGAUGCGUUGGAAGUGUUUGUCCAAAUGCUCAGAGAGGGCUUUCCUCCUUGUCAGAGAACGCUGGUUGGUUUAGUUCCGUCUUGUGGUCGGCCAGAUAUAAUCUUUCAAGGGAAGGCUAUUCAUGGAUUUGGAAUUAAGUCUGGACUUGACUUGGAUUGCCGAGUGAAGAAUGCAUUAACUUCGAUGUACGCUAAAUGUGCAGAUUUGCAAGCGGCCGAAGUCUUGUUUGAAGAAAUCUUUGAGAAAACUGAAGUUUCAUGGAAUACUAUGAUUGGUGCCUAUGGCCAAAAUGGGCUAUUUGACGAGGCAAUGCUUGUAUUUAAACAAAUGCAAAAGGAAAGGGUGGAAGUCAAUUACGUUACAAUCAUAAGUCUUCUGUCAGCAAAUGCUCAUCUGGAUUCUACUCACUGUUAUGUAAUUAAAACCGGAUUUGCCACUGAUGCUUCUGUCAUCACUUCACUAGUGUGUUCCUAUGCUGGGUGUGGGAAUAUUGAAUCAGCGGGACUACUUUACAAUUUAAUGCCUCAAAGGAACUUGGUUUCCUUAACUGCAAUGAUUUCAGGCUACGCUGAGAAAGGCAAUAUGGGUUUGGUGGUGGAGUGUUUUACUCAAAUGUUGCAGUUAAAAAUGAAACCAGAUGCGGUUGCUAUGGUUAGCAUUCUUCAUGGGUUCACAGACCCUACUUUCAUUGGGUCUGGGCUAGGGAUCCAUGCUUAUGGAUUGAAGACUGGCUUGUGUGCUGAUUGUUUAGUGGUGAAUGGGCUGAUUAGCAUGUACUCAAAGUUUGGUGACAUAGAAACAGUAUUCUCUUUAUUUUCUGAGAUGGGUGAAAAACAACUAAUCAGUUGGAAUUCAGUGAUUUCGGCCUGCAUACAGGUUGGAAGAACAAGUGAUGCUAUGGAGUUGUUCUGCCAGAUGAGGAUGUAUGGACACAGUCCUGAUGCCAUUACUAUUGCUAGUUUAUUAGCAGGGUGUUCUGAAGUUGGUUUUCUGCAGUUUGGGGAGAGGCUCCAUAACUAUGUUCUCAGAAACAAUCUUGACAUGGAAGAUUUUCUGGAAACUGCUCUUGUAGACAUGUAUAUCAAGUGUGGAAGGUUAGAGAGUGCAGAGAGGGUGUUUAAGAGCAUUAAAGAGCCGUGUUUGGCAACAUGGAACACAAUGAUUUCAGGCUAUGGAUUAUCUGGGCAUGAACAUAGAGCUCUCAGUUGUUACUCUGAAAUGCAAGAACAAGGACUAAAACCUGACAGAAUCACUUUUUUGGGAGUAUUAUCUGCUUGUACCCAUGGGGGGCUUGUUUGGGAGGGAAAACGAUACUUUCGAAGUAUGAGGGAAGACUUUGGUAUGAUUCCAGGAUUGCAACACAAUGCAUGCAUGGUUGAUCUCCUCAGUCGAGCAGGAUUUUUAGAGGAAGCAGUAAUAUUUGUCAAGAAUAUGGAGGUUGAGCCUGAUUCUGCCAUAUGGGGAGCUUUGCUUACCUCUUGUUGCAUCCACCAAGAGCUGAAGCUUGGGGAGUGUUUGGCCAAAAGGUUACUCCUAUUGGAUUAUUACAGUGGUGGAUUAUAUGUGUUGAUGUCAAAUCUUUAUGCAAGUAAAGGAAGGUGGGAUGAUGUAGCAAGGGUGAGGAAAAUGAUGAAAGAUACUGGCGGAGAUGGAUCUUCUGGAAUUAGCCUAAUUGAGGUUUCUUCCUUGGAGAAAAUGAAUAACAGCUUGUGCUUGAGCGACUUGAGUUUGAAUACAAAUUAUUGGCAGCUUUCUUCUCCACAUUGACUUCUGACUCAAAUAUUGUAUCUCUCUUCUCAUUCUACCCUGUCUCUGGCCCUUGCUGCAAAUUAUCAGCAGAAAAUAAUUCAGAUACACAGAAUCAAAUUGCUUCCGCACAAA